CCUUCCGUCGCCCUAUCCGCCCGUCGCCCCGCAACAGCGACAGUACGUACCCAACAACAACAGCAACAGCAACAGCAACCACAAAUGAUAAUGUCUGAAGAAGAGCAGCUACUCAUUUCAAAUUUACAGGAAACCUACAAAUCGAUACUUAAACUUGAGGUUGAAACACAACAAGGCUGUGCCGAUGUGAACCAAAAACUACUAGAAAAUAACGUAGGAUCCGAACUAAAUAACGAACUUUGGAUUGUUUACAAACAUGUCGUUCAGCUACUCGACAAUUACUACGAUUUUCUAUUAUAUGCUCUAUCACCAGCAUCGACAAAAACCGGUAGACCGCUAGUAUCCAAUUAUAGGAUAUUGAAAAGAAUGUGGGUCUAUGGAGUGGUUGCCUUUUUAGAGGUUCUAAAGAACGUGGUUGCAAUUUUUGUCGAACAUGAGGUUUGCGCAUGUUUUGUUUCUUAUUCUUUCAACAUAAUAAGUUGCUUGACAGAUCCUGAACUAGGCAUAGAAUGUUGGUGGGCGGAAAAAUUGGGAGAUUUGAGCAGAAUGGCAAUUGCAUUGUACCCUGCAAGAUACAUGGAUUGGAAAACAUCCUCCGUCUAUUGGUAUCAAGAAGCAAUAAAAACCCAAUUUGGUCACGGUAAAAUUUAUUACCACAUGUGUUCAGUGGAGAACGACAAUUUGGAAGCCUUGAUGCUUAUAGGUAAAGGUGUCAACUGUAAGGAUCCAUUUGUUCCAACCCAGCAAUAUUUAAGAAUGAUUGUUGAUAAUGUAUGCUCUCAAAGAAACAUGCUAACUGCUGUUGAAAUGGCUAUGAUAGAUUUUGUCAAGAUCCACAAAAUUCUACUCCUUCCAACUUAUAGUAUGAAUGAGGAGAUGAUUAAUAUUGUUUCUCACUAUUCUUCGAAUUUUGGCGUAGAUAACACCAACAUUGAUUUUUUCCAAAUAAGGCCAGAUUGCACAACUUCGGAUAUUAACGAUAAGGUGACCUUCUGGUUCCAAAAAGGUGCGAAUUUUGCAUUAUCCAACAUAUAUCAUUUGAUGGGUUUUGGACUAAGCUCCAAUCCCUUUGCUAAGCUUUUCGAUUUACCAGAUGCAUUAAAGGAAAGGAAAGAUAAAAAGGACCGGAGAGAUAAGAGGAGAAGAUCAAGAAGUGAUUCGGCAAGUAUAUUAAGCGCAGGUCUCUCAUCUGCGGAUCCUAAUGAUCCUGAAUUCCUAGUCAAUUCCUCAGCUUCUCAUUUAAAUGAAAAGUAUUGGUUCUUACUUUUAGAGCAUAUCAACAAAGGUGUGAUUGAGUUGUCAAUGAAGAUGUUGAAACAAUAUUUAUCUGGCCCAGUGCAGACAUCAACUCCCCAUGCAAUAGUUUGGUUAUAUUUCCUAAUAAGUGUAUGCAACUCAAUCAAGCUUUAUCCUGCAUCCAAGCCCAUGUUCGUGAAGCUACUCCAGGCAAUUUUCCCAUGGAAAGUCUUAGUGUUGUAUCUCAACGAUAUUCUCUGCAUUGUCAGAUCUGUGCCAGAAUUGAGAUCAAGGUACAAGACUUUAUUGUGCAGAACCGCCUCAGGUAAUAGCAGCAGAGAACUCUUUGAUUAUUUCGGUGAGGAAGAAACGUUGUGGGAAGUUUGGAAAUGUUGGGGGUCUUUAUGGUUUGAUAGAGUGUGCCCAAAGGGAGAUUAUUCCACUGUAUUUGAAACAGGCAUCAAAAGCAAUAUUUUUGACACACCGCUAUCCGGUGCGAUUUACAAUUCCCAUGAAGAUGGAGAGCGUUACAUUAGAAUAUUGCUUUUAGGUGGCUAUCUCUGCGAUUUUUUUCCUGAGUUCGGAUUGAAAAAGUGUGACAACAUUUUCAAAUUUGAGUUUCAGUCGGACGCAGUCUCGAUCAACCCCUCCAACAUGACGUACUUUACGUAUUUCAUCAGGGAUUCGAGAUUGCAACCCUUGUUGAAAUUCUCGGGGUACGUUGAAUCUAACAGUGAGUUCAAGAAAAACGACUCACCAAAGUUACCGAUGUGGGAUCACAACUCGUACGGGUUCAUGACGGACUUUAUAAACAACCAGUACCCUGCAGUGUUGGCGCACCGCUCAUCGCUCGAGCUCCUUUCCUUUGGACAGACCGAAGAGGAUAACGAGUACGAAGAAGACUCCGAGGAGGACUUUGACGAGAACGAGAACAGCGACGACCAACAGUUGUACGCGGAGAACGUGGCGCUUGCGAUCCGGGCAGACGGCACGACCGCGUCGCACAUCAACGAGACGCGGGAGUUCGAGCAGAACGAGAACUGGCGCCUGAACUCGGACGAGUUGAUCUUGCAGAGUCCCUUGAGGGAAAACGGCCUGAUCGAGUCGUACAAGGAGUUUUGCCCGGACUACAAGAUCCCGAAGGAGACGGUGGAGGGCGAGCUUGCUGCGCUAGCAGCCUUGAUCGAGGCCACGCCGGGCUUCGACAAGAACAUGCCGUUCGACGCCUCGAAACACAUCAUCUUCAAGCCGGAGUACUACAAGACCACCAAGACGUUCACGCUCGACGAGUUAAACAUCGACAAGACACACAUCGCGCCAAUCAACACCUUUGGCGCAGCGUUCCCCUUCAAGCUUCUUUCGCAGGAGGCGGUCAACAUGCUCAUCUGGGAGGCUGUGCAGAAGAAGGUGAUUGAGAACCACGGCCGCCUGCCUAACCUGGCGACCGACAACACCAGACUCGACUUCCACGUCGGCGGCCACUUCAAGUACUCCCCCUUCACCACCGCGUUGGCCAGAAGCGAGGAGCUGGCCGAGAUCGUGUCCACCUUUGUUGGCCACAAGAUGAAGCCCGUCUGGGAAACAGACCUUGUGCAGUUGAACUUCUCGCUGGCCACCAACGACCCGCAGGAGCAGCUGGAGAACUUCCCGCAGAGCCAGGAGGAGAUCGACGCCAUCUUGGCGAAGCAGGACGCCAGUGACGGCCAGAACAUCCCUUCCUCCUUGGGUGUCCACUACGACUCCAUCUCCGUUCCGCUGGUGAUCAUGUUGGACCUCCCAGAAGAGGCCCAGGGUGGCCAGACCACCAUCCUCACCGGCAACGAGACCGUCACCAGAGUCCCAGACCCUCCUAUCGGCUCCGGCACACUCAUCCAGGGCCGGGUCUUGAGACACUUGGCCUCCAAGCCGGUCACCAACCACAACAGAAUCAGCUUUGUCAUCAGCUACGCCACAGGUGUCGAAGGUGAGCUCGACAACUGUGUCACCACAUCCUUGAAGCCUUCCGUCCUCCCUAAAAACGAGUACAACAAGUUUUACAGAGACUGGGUGGAGUUCAAGUUCAAGAAGCUUGAGGACCACCUCCGCGUCGUCAGAGAGGGAGUAGUGGCUGACUACGAGGAGGGCAAGGGCUUCGACCAGGAGCACUUUGUCGACAAAUGCCUCAACAUCGAGAAGUACUUCCGCGGCAUCUGGGAGGAGAUGGAAUGUGUUGAAAACAAGCCAUACCCUCCACCUUGCUUCAAGAUCCCAUACAGCGAGCUUUGA